UGCUCCCGGUACAGCGAUACUGGGCACACAUUUACCUACAAUUGCACGAUACAAACGAUCGACCGUAGAUCGCGAUAACGGCAAGCACUGGAGGUCCGAUACCGGCAUUUGCGCCGUAGCAGGAGGUGUGUUGGGUUGGUGGAAUAGCAGGCAUCAAGAGGUGGAUAACAUCGUCAAUAUACACGUUGGUUCAGUCGGUCGAGGACACACACACACACACCCACGGACAUGGCCACUUGGUCGGGCAGGGCCGCCAUCAAGGGCGGCUCUGACACGAUGCGCAUGGUACUGUUGACGUGCAACGCUGUUGGGGUGACGUUCACUUGGGGUGUGGAGAUGACUUACUGCACCCCGUACCUUCUCUCUUUGGGCCUUACAAAAGGCCAAACAUCCCUGGUCUGGAUUGCUGGCCCCUUGUCUGGUCUGAUAGUUCAGCCCGUCAUCGGCGUGAUAUCGGAUACAUGGACAUCAAAAUGGGGACGGCGACGACCGUUCAUAAUGAUGUGCUCAGUCAUUGUAGCCAUGGGCCUGCUCACACUCGGCUUCACGCGUGACAUUGUAUCUUUCUUCAUCCCCAGCUCGGCGGCGGGAGCAGCAGCAGCAGCAGCAGCGGAAGUACCCACUGCCAUUAGGAGAGACCAUCCCGAAAACAAUGGCUUCACAGGGUUCCUGACCAUCGCGCUGGCGGUACUCGCUCUGUACACGACCGACUUUGCCAUCAACGCCGUCAUGUCGUGCGCGCGGUCCCUCAUCGUCGACACGCUGCCCAUGCACAAGCAGCAAGACGGCGCCGCAUGGGCGAGCCGCAUGAGCGCCAUCGGCCACAUCCUCGGAUACGGGGCCGGCGCCAUCGACCUGGUCGCGCUGCUGGGCACCACCCUCGGCGAGACGCAGUUCAAGCAGCUCACCCUCAUCGCCGCCUCGGGCAUCCUCUUCUUCUCGACACUCACGUGCUGGGCCGUCUCUGAGCGCGUACUUGUCGCGCCGGCGCCAGAGCCUAAGGGUUUGGUGGCCGGUGGUGAGAGGUUCAAGGUCCCUAGGCAGAUUUGGAGCACGCUGAUGACCCUGCCGGUGAGGAUCCAGGCGAUCUGCUGGGCUGUGUUUUGGUCGUGGAUCGGGUGGUAUCCGUUUUUGAUCUAUAGUAGCACUUGGGUGGGCGAGACGUACUUUCGCUAUGACGUUCCCGCCGAUGCCAAGAGCAGCAGUGAUGCACUGGGAGAGAUGGGUCGCAUUGGCAGCUACGCACUGACGGUGUAUUCCAUAAUCACGUUCCUCGGCGCAUGGCUUAUUCCGCCCCUGGUCCGCAGUCCAGAGGACGACGACGAGGACGACGAUGGCAUACCCGUCACAUCACAGGCGGCCAAGUCGCAGAGUUUCCUUCACUCGUGGUUCCCCGGCGUCGCCCGCUCGCUAGGCCAACUUGGCCACCUCAAACCCGACCUGCUCACGGUCUGGACGUUUGGAUACAUCAUGUUCGCCUUUGCCAUGUUCAUGGCACCGCUGGCGUCGUCCUUCCGGUUCGCCACGAUCCUGGUCGCGCUCUGCGGCAUCCCCUGGACCAUCUCCAUGUGGGCGCCCACCGCUCUCAUGGGCGUCGAGGUCAACCGCAUGACGCACGGCAUCACCGGCCAGCCGUACCGGCGCUUGAGCACGUCCUCGGCCGUGGAGCUGCUCACACCCGUCAUCAGGGUCAACGGCGAGGAGACGGAGGUUGUGGCCGCGGCCGCGGCGCCUAGCUCUGCUCCACAGGCGGCUCUCCUUGAGGAUGGCAACGGGACCAGGGUCGGCGGAGGUGGUGGCGAGCUCAGCGGUAUCUACUUUGGGAUACUGAACAUCUACACGACGCUGCCGCAGUUCAUUGGAACUUUUAUCAGCGCGGUCGUGUUUGCCAUCCUGGAGCCCGGCAAGAGCCCUGAGCUGUCGCAUGGCGGCGGUGGCGAGGAGCUGCCCCAGGCGCCGAGUGACGGGCCAAACGCCAUCGGGAUUUGCCUGUUCAUAGGGGCUAUCAGCGCCGUGGGAGCGGCGUAUGCUACGAGGCGGUUGAGAUAUUUGUAGACUUUUUGGUCUCGUAGGAUUUGAAGUUUAUUCUUCUUUAGAUAUAGAACAAGGCAUGGUUGCAUUCCUUGGAUAAGUUUAUUCUGGAACAAUGCAAGUGUCGUGAGUAUCGGGGCUAGCGUUGGUUCCACCUUCCUCGAAGUUUCCUUGAAACAGAUUCUUCCCAAGUCAGGGACAAUAUCAUUAACCCUUGAUAGGUAGGCGCGAGCCCUACCCAAACAAUUUCGCACAAACUCGGUUCAAUUUUGCUCUAUGGUUGCUCAUUUGAUCUGUCGAUGAACAAAUUCAGGUUUAUCUUCUAC